AUGAAGAGCUCAGUUACAGUUGCUGCUCUAGGAGCGUUACUUCUGACGGUCUACCUCAAGCGUAGGUCGAAGAAGCGACCACCUCUUCCUCCUGGCCCUCCGGCGGACCCAUUGAUAGGCCACUUACGGAUUAUGCCAACUGACAAGCAAGAGCUCGUAUUUCAUGAAUGGUCGAAGACAUACGGCGACGUUAUGUACCUAAGGGUCCUCGGACGGGAUCUCAUCAUUCUCAAUAGUGUUGAAGCUGCAACAGAGCUCCUCGAGAAGCGUAGUGCUCUCUACAGCGACAGGCCUAAUUUCACCGUCUACGUGAUGAUGGGCUGGGACCCGGACGUUGCGUUCUUGCCAUAUGGACCGCGCUUUCGCAAGCACCGAAAGCUCCUCCAUUCUCAUUUCACUCAACAAGCUAUCGUUCGGUUCCAACCAAUCCAACUUCAGAAUGCCCACAUUCUCGCCAAGGGGCUAUUGGAAAACAAAGGAGACUAUCACCAUCUUCUGAGCCGAUAUACCACGGCGAUUGUCAUGCGCAUCGCCUACGGCCAUCAAAUCCUCUCUGAUGAUGAUGAAUUUAUUCAAGCCGCCAACGACAGUGGGUAUGGUCAGAACAACGGGGGUCCGCCUGGCGGAACGAUGGUUGACCUCUUUCCUAUCCUGCAGUACUUCCCCUCGUGGUUCCCAGGGACUUAUUACGCAACAUUUGCCCGUGAAUGGAGGUGGGCAGUCGAGAAACUAUAUACCCUUCCGUACGAGCAUGUGAAGAAGCAAAUGGCUCAAGGCACGGCAGAACCGUCGUUUCUCGCUACUCAAUUGGAGGCAGUUGCCGGAAAAGCCCUCGGUAAAGAAGACAUCGAGGACCUCAAAGGUUCUGCGGGGAUUAUCUUUGGUGCAGGAGCCGAGACAACGUGGUCUAGUCUUGAAUCGUUCAUCCUGACCCUGCUGCUCUACCCGGAAGUACAGAAGAAAGGCCAAGAAGAGAUUGAUCGAGUCAUUGGAUCGGACCGGCUUCCAACUUUCGAAGACUACGAUUCUUUGCCGUACGUCGAGUGUGUAACGCAAGAAAUCUUGAGAUGGCAUCCGUCCGUUCCCAUAGACAUCCCUCAUCGAUCCACAGAGGAUGAUAUCUACCGGGGAAUGUUCAUUCCGAAAGGAUCCAUCAUAUUUGCUAAUGCUAAAGGAAUGGCGUUGGACGAAAGCACGUACACUGACCCAACAAAGUUUAAUCCAGAUCGCUUCCUUCCCAAGUCCCAGGGAGGCAAUGAAGAGCCUCAUCUCGGCGCUACCUUCGGGUUUGGUCGAAGGAUUUGCCCAGGCAGACAUCUUGCAACAGCAAGCAUUUGGAUUGCUGUUGCCACGAUAUUCGCAACAGUUGAUAUCACGAAAGCCACGGAUGAAAAUGGCAACGAGAUCACACCCGAAGUAGAUUUUGAGACGGGCAUAACAAGGUCCGUGGAUUCAGCGUGCUCUUAA